CCGGCCUACCUCAGUGGGAGUGGUUUAGUUCAGGAAACAGAAACUCAAAAGCCAAAUUAAAUAGUCAUGAGUGACAGAGAGACAGGUAGAGCAAGUCCACUUUUUUAUUCAGCUUUAGUUCAUAAGCACAAUGUGGGCUCUAGAUGAAGAAAAAAAUAUGGACACAUCCGACACUCCGUGGAGUUGGUAUUAUUUGGAAGACUGUGGGAGGUGGCACAGAAUUGAGGAUGAUCCCAGCAAGUCCAUUAGGAGUCAGGACAUCGAACAAUAUUAUUUGAGAGACUCGAAAUCCAUUAUUAACAUAAAUACGUUGAACUUCAGAAGCAAGAUUGAUUUUUCAGUGAUGUUGCAGACCGACCUCACCACAGGAAAACAAAGGCGAAUCCAACGAAACUUUAAUCUUGAGAAAAGCUGUUCCUGUUUCUGUGGAUCGCCUGUUUUCUGGGAGAACUUUGAUCCUACAGCUCCUUAUCAGCUGAUCCGACUGAGUGAGCUCACCUCAGAGUAUCAGACUGUGGCAGAUUAUGUGAUCCGUGAUGGUCUCCUAUCCAAAUCCAUCGUAUCAAUAAGCAGAAUACAGAAUCUGGAACUCUGGGAAAUAUACUGCCGGAAGAAGAAACAGCUUAUGAAAAUUAAAAGUGUCCAAGAUAUUCCUGAAAGGCGCCUUUUCCACGGGACUGACACUAAAAACGUGGACAGCAUUUGCAAGUAUAACUUUGAUUUAAGGAAACCUAAAACGAACGGAAGAACAUUUGGUAAUGGUAUAUAUUUUGCCAUCCAUGCAUCAUUUGCAGAGAAAUACAGUACCAACAGCACACAUGAUGGAAACACUAAAAGCAUAUUUCUUGCUCGGGUGAUGAUAGGGAAAUUUAAACCUGGACAACAGGAUUUACUUAAGCCAGAUGAUGAAAACGCAUUUGACAGUUGUGUGAAUGAUGCCAAUCAUCCCACAAUAUUUAUUAUAUUUGAUCCAAAUCAAAUAUACCCGGAAUAUCUUAUAGAGUACCAAUAACCUCACUCAACUUUUGGUCAGUCUAUGUGGAUGAUAAGUCUGUCAAAUAAAUAAGUUAAUUUGUUGAAGAAAGCUUUUUAGAGUAACGUCCCAUUUGAAGCCAAUAAAUAUUUUAAAAUAUCCAAUAAUCUAAUUUAUCACAUAAUAAACAUUAAAUAUCAAGUAUAAAAUUAUGAUACUAUUGGUUUUAAACAACAUUUCUGUUGACGUCCAGUGCAUUAUAAUUACAAUAUAGAUGUUCAGAUUUAAAACAAUCGACAAAUAAACUGCAGAACCAAACUAAAGUGUGUGUGUGUUUCUGUUAAAUGUCUAGUUGCAUAUUUUUGUACAAUCUGAUUUGUCUGGAUUAAAGAUUUUAAUUUUAAAAUACUGUUCAAGUAAAUCAUUUGUAUGUAUUAUAUAUUGUGUGUAUGCACAUCUGCAUGUGUUGCUCACACACUCUCAUUUUAAUACAUACAGGCGGAUAAAGCAGGAUUAAGACCAUUGUGGUUAGCACAUAACAAACUGGGAUAAACAUUUUAUAAACAGAUGCCAGUGAAAAUCUAUAUCAUAUUGACGUUUUCAAAGAGUUAGGGAAGACCUGUUUCAUCUUAGUGAUGCUUAUGUAGGAUAAUGCAUUUCAUGGUGCAUUAUCCUACAUGUAUUCUCAAAACAGGCCCAAUGCUAGUUGGUGCAUGUGAUACGAAGCUAAACACAAUUUCUUUAAAAAAACAGUUGAAAAGUUUCAAAAAUGUUACAAAAGCCCUGGCAUUAAAGCAUCAAAGUCACAUUGCUUUCAGCUGGCAUACAUUUGACCCCAAGAGACUGACCAUUGGACCAGGUAAAAUGGUGCCUUUAAAUGCACUGGACGGGGGCUGUGAGAUAGCAGAGACUCUUCAGUUGCCAAUCAACACCAAGGUAUUAAAUGUUAAAUGGGCCAAACAUCAUGGAAAUAUGUAUCGUGCAGAUUUAGUUGUUUGUUAAGAAGUUUUUUGUGAAACGCCAGUUUUCCAUAAGAUCUACAAUGUUGUUGUGAAAGAUGACAUGUUACUGUUUGUUACAUUUGCUCUGCAAACAGUGUGUCUGAAUGAGCAUUUCAGUGCUUUUCAAGUUUUGUGUACAAGAGACGGACCUCAUGUUAUUUAUGUAGAAGAGUUUUACUGUUACAGAGCUUUUGAUUUACAGGUGUCAUGCAGUCAUGAAGGUGCAAAUGUUUAUACACUGUAAAAAAUAUCUGUAAAUUUUACAGUUAAAUAAAGUAAACCAUGAAAAUUUAAAACCGUAAAUUAGAAAUCAGUUUUAGACUGUUUCUUUAACAAGUAAUUACCGUAAAUAAGAUAAAUAGGAAAAAAUUUAAUUUUUACUGUUUUUUGUCAGAAAAUUUACAUUGCCCUGCUGUUAAAACAAAUCUUGUAAUACUUUUAACAGUAAUAUGCUGUAAUUUUUCUAGUAGUACAUACUGUAGUUUUUGCACUCAUCUUUCUUAAAUAAUACAGUUAGUAGCUGUUAAGAAUGCAUACUGUUGUGACAAUUACAGAAACAUACCGUAAUUUUUCUAGCAAUGCAUACCGUAGUUUUUGCAUUCAAUAAUUAUGAAGUAUACAGUUCAAAAAUGUUCAAUAUGCAUACUGCUGUGGCAAUUACAAGAAUAUACUAUAAUUUUUCUAGCAGUGUAUAUCGUAAUUUUUACAUUUAAUUAAUCUAAAGUAUACAUGUCAAAACUGUCAAUAUGCAUACUGUUGUGGAAAUGAAAAAAGAAAUUGUAGUAGCGCUGUAACCUUUGCAUUUAAUUCUCCUGACAGCCCAAAUUAUGUAAAAAUAAACAAAUACUUGCAAUUAUCUUAAGUUGUGGGUCCUGAAUCUGGAAUCCAUUAAAGUUUGACUUUUUGAAUGGACUUAUGGAAAUUAAAUAUCUUUCCACGAAAUGUUCUGUACUGUAAAUUAUCUUGUUGCCAAUAUUGGAUUUUUUUUCACUUUUUCAGGUUUUGAAAACAUUUAUUGCAGGAAAUCAUUUCAGGAAGGAACCAAUAGAUUCAGGAGUCUGGGAGAUGUGACUGUAACCGACCUGAACACUGAGGCCCCAGAGCGCCCCCUGCAGGAUCUGCGGCACCAUCACCGUUUCCAGCAGCAAAUCAAUCAUCUGUUGGUCCAGACAGAAAAGCUGAAGCUGUCAGUGAAGCAGAUCAGAAGCUGAGCAGCAGAAACCCAGAAGAACUGGAAGCAUCAGCAGGAGAUGAACUGGACCUCUAGGAUCACUGAUGCUGCAGCUGAGGAAGAGGAGGACGAUGAAGGUGAAGCUGCCAUCCUCAGACUUCUUGUUUAUCAACCCAAGAAAGCAGAAAACCUGCAGAAAAUCAGCUGAAGAAGAACCACGAGGAGCUGGAGACGUCCGGCGCCCUCUAGUGGCUGAUUGAACUACUGCACUGGGAGAACUGGACCUUGACGCUACUGCAGCUCAGCGGCUGGUUUCUCUCUGAAUGGACCAAUCAGAACCAAAGAGGAUUCAGCUCUGAGACAAUUAUUUACAACUACAUACAGUAGUUACACAUAUGCACAACAUGUUAGUGUUUCUAAACACUUAUCUAGAGUUUAGAAAACAUAAAAAACUAUCAGGAGUUGUCAGAGGAAAGUUUUAAAACAUUAAAACUUAACCGUUGAAAUGAAACCAUAUAAUUGUUUACUAAAAUAUUUCUUCAUUGCUCCUGUAACAAUAAAACGUAAUAAAUGU